CACCGCCCCUUCCCCAGCCGCUGCUCCCGGGGCUGCGGACUCUCCCGCCUCCCGCUCCCCGUCCGUUCUUCCCGCCGCUUCUCGACGCGGCGCUGCUGCUGGAGCGGGCGCCCUGGCAGCGGGGAGGCGCAGCUCCUCGGUGGAUGCAGGAGACGGGAGCCGAGGGCUCCGGCGGGGCGGGCAGCGCCGAUCUGCUGCCGUUGCGUUGCCGGUGAGGGCUGGUCUCCAGCCCAGGCCCCAGCUGCGCUCCGCCGGCGAUGCUCCCGCCGCAGGUGCACCGCAGCAGCUCGGGGCGUGCCCAGAGGCGGCGGGAAGGGACGAAGAUAGUUUGAGUCUAAAUAUCCAGCUGUUGUGUGGCUUCAGACGACAGUUGAUGUGUUGAAGAUGAACUCAGACACCUUCUAUGAAUGUGGGUUGAAGGCUUGCAGCAUGUCAAGGAAGACCAGAAAAGAUGCAAUGAACAUUCUGUAACCAGGAAAAUGAGAGAAUUUCUUAAAGAACACAGCAGAAACCUUUCUCUCCUGCAGGUGGAAGACAUGGUCACAUGCUUUUAAUAUCUGGGUAAUUUAAUGAAGAGCUCUCUGUCAGGCUAUCUUGUAAAUCUUGUACCUGUGUGACAAAUGUGCCUUUGAAACUUGCAGUAAACAGUUUAUUCUCUGGAAACCCAACUGUUGGAAAAAUCACUAUUGAAGAAUCAUGUCAAAAAACCUGGAGAUCAUCAAUUUGUCAUUUUUGUUGGAACAUGAGAGGGAAACAAUACUAGGAGUAUUGAAGAGAGAUGAGUAUUUGAAAAAAGUGGAAGAUAAGAGGAUAAGGAAAUUGAAGAAUGAGUUGUUGGAAGUGAGACGAAAAGGUGGAAACCGCCAUUGCCGACAGGACCGUGGCAGGGUCUGUGUUCGCUGUCAGAAAAACCUGGGCUUAAUCUUUGACAGGGGGGACCAGUGCCAAGAAUGCAAACUCACAGUUUGCAACAAGUGUCGUGUUUUGGGAAUUGAUGGGAACUGGAAGUGCACUGUGUGCGCCAAGAUUGCACAGCUAAGGAUAGUGACAGGUGAAUGGUUUUUUGAAGAGAGGGCAAAGCGCUUCAAGCAAUCCAACCUCCUUGGAACUGAUGUUGUCAGACAGUCCAUCCUACGCAAAGCCUCAGAUACUGUUUCUGGUAAGAAAGAAGGAGGGCAAGCCAAAGAUCACACCCAGGAGAAUGCAGAGCAAAUGCAAGAUACCCCAGCUUCCUCCACAAGUGGGCAGAAAUCAAUAUUCAGUGGACCCAGAAAGAUAGGGAAGGCCAUCAGGGCAGUGACCAAAGGAGAAAUUGCCAAUGUGAAAGCUGAAGGUGGAAGAAGCAGCAGUUCGGACGCUGAUGCCCAAAGUUUACGCAGUAUCAGGUCAACUCCCUGUUCUGACAGGGGGAGCACUCUUUCGCUGAACAACAAUGACCCGGAGACCCUUCCCGGUAACAUGAAAGGCACAGUGAGUUCUGGGAACCGAAGCAAUGCCUCCACUCCAGUCCAUCCGAGGUCACCAGCACUGAGCACACGCAGCGUGACUUCAGAUUAUGGCAGGCAGGACCCUGGUUUAAAAAAUGGCCCUUUUGUGCCUGCAAGUGAAAGUGUACCUGAAGAUUUAGUGAAGAAACACUGUAGGAAUGCAUCUGGAACACCUUCAAUAGCAGUUUCUAGGGCAUCUCUAGCAUCAGAUCUCAGCAGAUCUGAGAUAGAUUUGAGUGGGUCUUUCUCAGAAGAAAACAAGGAUGCUGUAAGCUUAAGAAGUAAAUCUGUACCUGAUGCUUUAGACCAGGACCUGGAUUACCUGGACGAGAUAGAGGAAGACCCUGAUGACAUAGUGACCUCUCAUUAUCUAAAACAUCGCAGACAUUUGGCAAGUGGAUUAUCAACAAACUUUCCUGAAGGCUCUGACAGAAAAUGCUCCUACUUAAAUGUACCUGAAGCAGAUGGUGAUACUACUAGCAUUAACAGCAUGAUGAGUGUUUAUAGUGAAACUGGGGACUAUGGCAAUGUGAAGGUCAGUGGGGAAAUACUUCUCCACCUCAGCUACAGCUACAAAACGGGUGCCCUCAACAUCCUGGUAAAAAACUGCAGAAACCUGGCCAUAGCAGAUGAAAAGAAGCAAAGAACAGAUCCCUAUGUCAAAGCAUACCUCCUGCCAGACAAAUCUCGCCAAAGUAAACGCAAGACCAAAAUCAAAAGCAACACCACCAAUCCAGAGUUUAAUGAAACACUAAAGUAUGUCAUCAGCCAUACACAGCUAGAGACUAGGACCCUCCAACUUUCUGUUUGGCACUAUGACAGAUUUGGGCACAACAGCUUUCUUGGGGAGGUGGAAAUUCCUUUGGACUCCUGGAAUUUUGAAAAUCAGACAGAUGAAUGGUUUGUGCUCCAACCCAAGCUGGAGGUUGCAGCAGAUAUCGGGCUUCAGUAUAAAGGAGAGCUGAUAGUUGUUUUACACUACAUUCCCCCUGAGAAAAACCUAAUGCUUCCCCUCGGACAGUUUCAAGGAAAGAAGAGUUUAAAAAAAGGAAAGAAAGGAAACACACAGCUACCUUCUGGGGGUAUGUUGGAGGUCCUCAUCAAGGAAGCCAAGAAUUUAACAGCUGUGAAGUCAGGAGGCACUUCUGACACAUUUGUUAAAGGAUAUCUGCUCCCAGAUAAUAACAAAGCAACAAAACAUAAAACUCCUGUCAUAAAGAAGAGUGUGAACCCUCACUGGAAUCACAGCUUCACUUUCAGCAGCUUGAAUCCUACAGAUCUACACAAUGUCUGCCUAGAACUGACAGUCUGGGACAAGGAGUCACUCUCCAGUAACAUCUUUUUGGGAGGUGUCCGUUUGAGCACUGGAAGCGGUAUAAGUAAUGGGAAGGAAGUUGAUUGGAUGGAUUCUCACGGGGAAGAGCAGCACCUCUGGCAAACGAUGAUGGACCGUCCCGGAGCUUCUGUGGAAGGUAUAUUAAUGCUGAGAUCUAGCAUGGGAAAACGCAGACUCUGAGAACAAAUGGCUUGCACAAGGAUACACUCCAGCUGUUUCGCUGACGUGACUUUUAACUGUUGUGGGGUACCACAAGGAUGCCUGGUGUUAGUGGAAUUCAGUCUGUUGUAACUUUGCACAUGCGAAAGUGAGGAAGAAAGACUCCUCUUUGCCUUGGAUUUUAAGGCUCCAGAAUUGGAUUAUAAUGCAUUCUGCACUUUUGUGCAUCCGUAUUCUUAAGACAAUGCUCCUUACACUAGUGAAACUCCUACUGAAGUCAGUGAGAAAGAUACCUGAAUAUAGAAUUCAAAAUCAGGCUUUCUUUGUCUCAGAGACAGAAAUAUGGUCUACUAGUGUCAACAUCCAUGAAGAAUAUGGAGCAAGCAAAUGUUUUAGUCGUUUGAUGACUAAUGAUUAUUUAUGGUAUAAGCCAAUUUGAAGCAACUCAAAAGUUUGGUAUUUGAAAUGAGAUUAGAAACCACCAGAUUCCAAACAGUCUGAAAGAAUAAUUAGCAACAUCCCUUCCCCCUGUUUACAUGUUCAGUUAUUUGAAUUGUGCAUGACAGCAAGCCUUGCAACAAGCAUCACUGCAAGAAAAGCCAAUACACUGCACACAGCAGCCAUUAUUUGGGUAUUUAGAAAUAGGCAGCAGAUGUGCGGAUAUAAAAUAACAGGAAUGCUGUACUCUGCAGUGAUGCGUGUGCGGUGUGUUUCACUGCCCCAUUGAGAAUGCAAGCUAUGGUUCCCCCGGGUCAAAGAGCCUCUUAUGAAAACAGAUUAUUAUACAUCCCUACGCAGCUUCCAGAACUAGGCGCCGUUACUUAUGGCUGCAUUAUAACUUUUGCUUAUAACUCAUUUAAUAAUUCAGACAUCACUGUACAGAAGAGGAGAGAAGUUCAAACAUCUGUUAAAAUGGAUGAGAUGCUGAUGUUUACCCACACAUGCUGUUUCAGGUUUAAUAGUCCCCAAUUCAGCAAAACAUUUAAGGAAAUGAUCUAAUUAAGCAUAUGCCUAACUGCUUUGCUGAAUGGGAGUUUAAAUGGGGAAGUUUUUGGCGUGGGUUGGAAUCCUAUUCAAGCAUAUCCUGCUGAUUUAUUAAUUAUUAACCAUGAGAUGAUGUAGAAUGGGAUUUUGCUGCUGAAUGUUACUAAUAUGAGUCGUUGCACUUAUAGUACUAAUGCAUUUUAAUAUAAAAAUGUUGUCUUACUAUUUCAAUUACUCCAUGUUAAAUGGCAUAGUUGUUCUAUAUUAAUUUGGUUUCCUAAAGACUGUUUUGUGUCUAAUGAGAUCUGUCCUGCUCUCAAUACACGAAGGAAUUAUACACCCCACCAAUCUUACAUUUUCUGCCCACUAAGAACUAGACCACCAUGUGUA